CUGAAGAAUCACCCAAAAAACUUUUUAUCUAUACUCCAACCUUUGUACUAACUAUAACUCUCGUCACCUCUAUUUUAACUCUAGUUACUUGGAAACCUGAAAAUAAAUUUACCAUACCAUCUCCUAUGUAGCUUAUUUAAUCUAACGUUGGUGCUAAUUAAGUAAAACUCGUGAUUUGAGUCGCAGAAGCUCAAUUUCAGUUUCCGAUAGACUGUAUCCCAGAACUUCCAACUAUGCUUCAAGUUAAUUAUGAACUUGCCGUGAAGUCUAAAUCAAUGCAAAAUCUGAAAUCGAGUAGCAUAUAUGCAAACCGAGGCUUCUGUUUUCUGAACAAUAAAUAUCAUGCAGAGAGAUCUGGUUGUUCCAUUUCAAUGGCAUUCCAGCUUUGGAGACAAUACAUGCAGACCGAGAGCCAGUGCAUCGUCCCAUUCUGUUUCAAGCGUGAGAUUUUGUCAGAACUCUCGAAGAUAAACUAUAUUUUCAGCUUAGCCAUAUAUAUAUAUAUAUAUGAGCACAGGAAGAAAUAAAAGGGCUAAUAUAUGGCUAGUAAUAACGCUCUCUACUUGCAGUUGUACAUUAAAUUGUGUCGACAACGCUCAGGUUUGUGGCCUGCCAAUAUGCAUACAGCUUUUCUUGAAUAUGCAACUUGUUGUGCCUGUGGUUAGAUGGGCAUGCAGCGACAGUUCUGUUGUUGCUGACUGCUCUCUGGGAAAAGGGAUAUUGUGCAAAUUUCGAUUUUAAUUGAUUCAUUGACCUACCAUGUUCGAAUAAGAUAACAACACCUCAAUCUUGUAGUGCAAGUGUAGCCCUGUCUUGUGUUACCAGACCCUGGAUGUUUUGUUGGAUACAGGUACACAGUAGUAAACUCGUAAAUCCAAAAAUGUUGUUUGAAAGGAUCAAGGUUAGUACAAAUUAUAUGAAAUUCAGUCACUAAUAAUGUAUAUCGGUAUCUCAAACUAAAUUGAAAGUUAUAUAUGAACUAAUAAACCUCUAUAGACCAAACAAUCAAUUAAGAAAUUACACUUUCUAUAUAUGUGUGAGUUGUGAACGGUUUCAUGGGACUAAGAAAAAAUAGAACAAGACCAGAGUACUGACGAAUAGGCUCGUCGUGGGAUAGUAUGAGUGAUAUCGUCUUUAUUGAAUCCAGUUGUAGGGAGAUCUUCCAAUAUUCAAGCUGAUCGACAAGCAAAGUUGACACCAUCAAUGUCCACCUAUCUAUCAUAUUGAUGAUUUAGGGUCUCAACAAGAGUCGCUGCCAAUGUCUAAGCACACUCUUGACUAUUGCCUGCUGGAUCGAUGAAACGAACGAUUCGCCUCGCUUGCGAUGCACGUCAGAUAUAGUGUUUGAAGAGGUUUUCCUCUAGACUAGCUAGAAUCCUUUCCAUUGUCAAAAGCUUCCACCAUCCUCUAGAAGAUGGCAUCAUUAUGGGAUUUUCAAUUAACCAAUAGGCUACUUCAAAAGAUAAUUUGUAGUGAAAGUUCUUAUAUACCUCAAAAAGUUCUGCACAUCCAUUGAACAAAGUGUGCAAGCAAACACCAUUCGAUUUCGUGAUUUCGUUUGCCUGGGAUAUGUAAGGAGAAACAACAAACCGAGUGCAACGGAUGGGCUUUAAUGGAAAAAGGCAUUUUUAAUUUUGCAUUGAUUGUAGAGAUGAAAGUGGCUAAUUGAUGCUCCAUAUUUUUCAAUUAUUUAAUCGAUGACCAUGAAACAUAGUCUCAAGUUUGUUUAUGCGAGGUAUGUCUUGUGGAAGAGUAAAAAAUUCACCACUAUUUCGUAAAUUUUGAUGGUAUGUCUGUGUGCGGUAUAUCUAGUGGUUUCCUGUAAAAUUGAAACUUGCGGUUGUUAGUAUGUCAUCAAAGUAAGCCCCGCAUUACAAGAUAAUUAACAGUUUUUCAUAAGCAUCAUGUUCCAAACUCUUCCUCGGAAGAUUUGAAGUGAGAAUGACCUCAUAUACAAUGAUAAUAUUUUCUUGAAUCAUUGUAUCUCUAGUGAAAAUAGUGAUUUUGUACUUGAAGUUUGUAGCGAAUGAUAAAUCUGGCUAGAAAAAAGUUUGACAAUUAAAGUUUUUAGUAUACAUUUUACAACUUAAAAUUUCUUUUUAGCAUCAAAUUAUUUAUACAACCUUACUUUUUUACAUGGUUCAAAAAGGCACGUUUAAUCUUACGGUUAGGCACGCCUAGGCGCGUAAUGGCAAAACGCCUCGUCUAGGGUUUUCGCGUCUAACUAGAUACUAAAACACGUCAAUAAAGUAAGACGACAUAAACGUCUCUGCUAAACAUUACUAGAUUGAGCUAGUAAGUCAAUAUUAAAGGAGAAAAUUUAAAAUCACCUACAAAAUCAAUUAUCUACAUCAAUAUUUGCAAUAGUUUAAGAAAUUUGUGAGCUAUUGAGCUAUGAUUCUAUGAAUUUGUGAGCUAUGUUCUUGACAUUAAGUAUUGAGUAAGUUAUUAAUCAUUUUAACCGAAGUGAGAAAGUGUUGUAGAUUAUUAAUUCAUUCAUCAUGCAGUGCGAAUAGCUAUUUUUCUUCCAACACCUACGCACGCUUAGUCUACGCCUAAACAAGCUGGGCGCUAGGCAAAAGAUCAACGCUCGCCUUACGCCUAACACAUUUUUGAACCUUGCUUUUUUAUGACUUAUUUCCUCUUAACAUGAAUAUAACUUUUUAACUCGAUUUAUAAACAACCACAAAAAUUACGUUUCAUUAAGUUAGAACUACUUACUGUGAACUCAAGUGUUAUUGAUAUGAGACACGGGGUGCAGUGGAUGCAUAAUUGUUUAGCUAUAAGUUUUUGCUCUGGUUUAUGGCUUCGAUGAUGUUAAACCCUCAUGCACUUGCGGUUCAUGGGGUUUGCAUGCCUAAGAUGUUCUGUCUCCAAUGGUUGGUCUGAGGGACUAGUUCGCAUGUGAUGGUUAAUGGUGUCUUUCCAGCGACUAUGGUUUCUUGUUUGGUGGGUGUGCAUUUGAGUCUAUUGCUUUGUGUAUAGUCUUAUUGUGGACCUUGCAGAUGUUUCCCUCUGCUUGUAUUUUGUUUGUUCUUAGUAGUUGUUGCUAACCACUUUCUUCUUCGCCUUUGUUUUUUCUUCAACAAUUUUCUUCAUCAGCCAAACACCUUAUAUUGCAGCUCGACACAAAAAUUUAUCUUAUGGCCUAAACAGACCUUAUUCUCAACCUCCUUUCCCGUGAGAAAUAUCCAAUCCACAGACAGUCUGAUAAUAUUGCGAGCAACACAAUCAAGAGUGAGCCAAAUAUCUUUGAAUAUUUGCUAUGAGAAAAGUAAAUCUAUGGGUAAUGAACGAGUGAGAGAAUAUAUAAGGAAGGCAUUUUAUAGGCAAGCUCCCCCCUCUCCUAACCAUGCGUCCCUCGAUUAUCGGUAGCAUACAAGCUAUCUGUAACACCCCGAUAAUUUAGAUUUAGGUUCGACCUUUAAUACGUGAUCGGUUGGGUUGAUGGUUACGUACUAAGAGUUACAAUCGCGGAUUAAGAAUAAUAAAAUUAUAACAUUAUUUUUAUUAUAAUAUUAUUAUUAUUAUGAUAAUAUUAUUAUUAUUAUUAUUAUUAUUAUUAUAUAAAAAUAUUUAUAUAAAAGGGAAGGGGGUCGAGUGGCGACCCUUCCCCAUAUAUAUAAAUCCCCCACCAUUCUUCCGCCCAAUUCCCCCACCCCCACCAUUCUUCCGCCCACGCAAGGAGCAACAGCCACGAGCCCGCGAACAGCCGCGGAGAAAAAGAAAAGAAAAAAAACACGGUCGCCCCUGCUUCCCAUCGCGAGCGAGUUGCAGCCUCCCUGUACCCCGACCCCGACUCCAUCCCUUUCGUUUUAGGUAAGGAUCUCGAACCUCUUCGCGAUUUCUAAACUCGAUUUAUCGAUAGUCUAAUGCGAAGCUCGUAUUUUAUUAGCGGUGACGUUGAGGGUUCGAUCAACAAGGAGAUCAACGUCCCAGGUCAUCCAACCUAGGCGUAGGAACGUUCUAGAGGUAAGGGAACUCGAUCCCUUUGAGUUAGAUCAAGCGAUUUGGUGAUUUUUCAUGGGGGUGCGAUUCUGAGGUUUUAGCAACAGACGUGCAGGCUUUUAGUGACAGAUUUUGAUUAGUCACUAAAGCUGCUGGAAAUUUCCAAAAACGUAUUUUUAGAUGUUUUAAAUUGUUUCGAGCCUCUCUGAAGAAUUUUUUCUGAAGUUAGCAAUUUAAUAAAUUGAGCGAAAUCUAGGAGAUGAUUGUAAUUUAAUUUGGGGAUUUUUGGAGAUGUAUUUCUAUUUUUAGAAAUUGUUCGAAUAUUUGCUUUAAUUAAAUAAAAAUCUUUCCGAGGGGUUUUUAAGGGUUUGAUAAUUUUCCAAGGUAUAGGGGCUCAUGAUUGACAUGGAAAAAUUAUUUUCUGAAUUUUUAAGAAGGUUCUAGUUAGGUGGAAAAUUUGUCCAAGACUAAAAUAAUUAAGAAAAUGGUCAUUUUUUGAAGGGAUUAAUUCUAAAAAAUUUUAGUGGGGGUUAAAGGACCUCUGGAGUGAGGUUCAAGGACUGGAGUUUGAGGGAGGAUGUCCUAGUGAUUCAAAAGGGGUUUUGAAUCAAGUAAGGUCGUCUAAGAAAAUGGAUUUUUAUUAAUAGGUUUCCCCAAGAUAAUCCGGCUAAGGAGGGGUUUCUUCGAGGAAGGAAUUGAGGAUUCAUCUUUUCGAGGUGAGUUUAAAGGGGGUAAAAUCUAUGUCGAGGUCUUUUUAGUUUACGCUUUUCAUUUGAAGUUAUUAAUUAGUUAAUUUUUGAGUAAUGCGCGAUAUGUGUGUGAGGCAUCCCACCGCCUGUAAGGGUGGAGCCACCCUUUGUGCUAUGUAUAAAUGUAUGUGAUGUUGUAUGGUUGAUGGUAUGAGGAACCCCCGGGCGGUUGGGCCACUACUGGACGCGGUAGAUGGCCGGAUCACUACUGGACGGCGAGACGUAACGCAACAAUUGAUCGAGUAUGUUGGGUCACUACUGGACGGCGAGACGUAACGCAGUAGUUGACGGGCAUGGACUGGACGGAGAGACGUAACGCAGUUCCAUUGCUGAGUUUGGGUAUGCAACCGGACGACGAGACGUAACGCGGUUGGCAUACUAGGGUAGGGACACCGGACAGCGAGACGUAACGCGGUGGUCCCUUGUGUUGGUGUCUAUGGAUUGAGAAUAUAAGUAAGGGAAUUCUAAAGAUAAGACAGGAGUAGAGAUCUCUUAUAGACUGUUUGUUAGUAAAGUUUAAAGGAUGAAAGUGAGAACGACUUUCGUCUAAGGAAGGCAUUCCCCUAAUAAUGUGUUUAGUAAGGAGUUUGCCUAGGGCAAAGACCUUAGGAAGUAACGACGAGACUGACCCCUUCUCACUCACCAGGUCGAGGAAGGGUUAGCAGAGGCGGACAGCAAGAAGAGGCAAGGUGAUGCGAGCAGUUGCACCAGCAUUGAUGAGAAGUCAAGGAACUCGUGAAGAGUCAAAGCUAGAAUAGUUUAAUUUCCUUGUUACAUGGUUAGGAGGAGCAUUUCUACUAUGCUAUAUAGUAUUGGUGCUUUAAUGUACAACUUAAAGUUGUACCAUAACAUGAAAUGUAUAAGUUUAGAUUGUACCAUAAAAGAAUUUGUAUCAUUAUGUUAUGGUACAACUUUAAGUUGUAAAGUUGUACCAUAACAUAAAUGUACAAGUUCAAGUUGUACCAUAAAAGAAUUUGUACAAACAGUAUAGGUAUAAUCUAAAGUUGUACCAUAACGUAAAUGUACAAUUUCAAGUUGUACCAUAAAGGCAAAAACCUAUAGCACCAAUACUAUAUAGCAUUGUAAAAUUCCUCGGUUAGGAGUGUAAACUGGAGAUCCUGAGUUCUUUCAUUUUAAGUAUUGGAAUUGUCAUUUGCCCAAGUGUUCACCCUUUUUGUUUGAAAUUCUUAAACAUUGUCGAUUUAUUUAUUUUAAAAAGUGAGUUGGUUGCUCCGGAGUAACUGGUUUUUGGUUUGAGUUAUGGUUUGGUUUUUGGAAAAGAGACGGGACAUGUCACUGUCGAUUUCAAUAGGCAACAAGGACCCUUCGGAUUUAACCCUUGGGACGUCACGCCGCUCGAACAAAUGACGGUCGAUCAAGUAGGACUGCUAUUUCUAGUCCCAUCCCAAACAACUGGGAUUCUCGAUCCUUACACCUCGAAUGAGUGCAAUUUCGUCCUAAACUCUCAUUCAAAUAGAAACAUAACUAGACAGAGGAAAUAAAACAUCACACAUAUGAAAGAAACACAAUCGUAUUAAAUCAAACCAAUGAGUGUACAUGGUCAUAACCCUAGGGCUCACAUACUUACGCAACUAAAGAACUUACCUAGCCAUAGGUGUUCAUCGAUUGAAAGGAAGAUACCAUAACACCCACUGGAAAUGGUGCAGGUGAUAGAGAAAAUAGGCCAAGAGGCACCAUUUUUGGCGCCGUUUCUCCCUCGUAGGUUGGUCUCGUUAUAAGUUAGGAAGGUUGCUCUGUCGGAAGAGUAACUACCCUUCCAUGACUUCUCGUUAAAACCGAGUCUCCAGUGUCAUUUAACCAAUAAGAAUGCUCCAAAAACGUGGCCCGCGAAUUAGGAGGCUUCAAGAUGACUUGCUGAUGAAGUGGAUGACUUUGUCGAAACGACGCCAUUUCCGUCGUUUUUUUUUUCCAGGAUUUUGGUCUUUGAAUCCCAGCUCCAACAACUUGAUCUCAAUGAGCCCUGUGGCUUCCAAGUGGUCCACUAGUCUGCUUUAGCCUGAAAAUGCACUAAAUGCUACCAAAAGCGUAUCAAUCAUAUAAAAGCAAUCUUUGACAUCUCUUCAUCUGCAAAGAAUUCUCGAUGUGAAAACACAGAGACAAAGGGAUGAUCUUUGAAUAGGGAAAAAACAGUGACUUCGUAUCCGGUCAAAAUCUUGGCUAAUUGCAUCAUGCGAGCUCGGCUCCGUCUUGAGCUGGAUCCUGGAUUGAAAGGCCCUUGGUUGGGCAAAGAGAAGAGCCUUCUUUCUUUUAUCACUUAGCACUCGUGCGGGGGAGGGGACAUCAAGGAUAUAUAUGGACAUCAUCGUUGUGUCUCCCCGAAAAAGAGAUAGGGUUGCUAUAACACACUUGAAACAAUCAUGGCAUAAAUUCAAGGUAUGAUGAUACUAAUGAUGGGAUAUGUAUGCACUUUAGGUCACUAUACGUGGGACUAGAAUGGAUACUUUUACGUGUCAUCAUGGAGCUUGGUUUGGGAGACCAAACUAUCCUGCACAGGCUAUUAGAGACAUAAUGGAAAUAAAAAAAGUGCAGGAGACUCAUGAGAUUCACUCUUUCCAUCUUGGCCCCACCACUUAAAGAAAAGGUUAGAUUAAUAUCCCACCUAGUCCUUCACCUAACAAGGAAACGACGUAAAAAGUCUGAGCAACUAGGCACCUGGCAGCAUCAACUACACGAGGGAAAGGAGCAACAAGUACAUACAUGGGGAUAGACAAGCUUCCAAAACAUGCCGUACUCCUUUGAAAGGUUUGCCCACACUGAACUGGAAAAUUGCUCAUACCUCCCCCUGUUUGCCAAGAAGACGCCUGAUUUGGGUAUUUGAUGUCAAUGAGGGACCUCUAUAAAUUAUCUCUUUCAAAUAUCCCAAGACCACCAUAUGAUUUAGAGGCCUUGCACAAGUCCCGCCCAACAAGCGGAGUCUUCUUUGUUUCAAGUAUCAUUCCACAUAAAUUUCCUCUGAAUCUUUUUCAUCAAUACAUUGUAUGGACGAAAGUAUCAUCGGUAAAGAUCAGGUGAGUCACUUCCUCCAUUCUUUGAAAUUCAUCCAUACAUUGUAUAUUCUUUGAUAAGCCAGACAUAUACCAUAUGCAGAUAUGCAUUAGAUACGCCGCACAAAUGCAUAUCUCAAAUUCAAGGUCAGUGGUUAUAAAAAAAAAUCCAAGGUUACAAAAUGAGGGUCCACCAAAGUAACGUCCACCACCCUCGAUCAAAACUCUCAAACCAAACUAUUAUACCACUUGUUGAGACCAAACUCUUCACUAGUAAGAUAUUGUCCGCUUUAGGCCAAACUUACACAUAUUUAUUUUUGUAUUCCUUCCCAAAAGACUCGAACCAUUAUAUCGAUAGGCUUUCAACACAAGGAUUUACUAGAUGUUAAUAUCCAUUUUGAUAUGUUAGAAGACGCAAAUUUUUAUUUGAUCCGCUAAACAAAUGCAUAUCUGAAAUCCAGAGGAUGCAGAAUGAGGGUCCACCAAAUUGGUGUCCACUGCCCCAAAUCCAAACUCCAAAUUGGGCUCUAAUACCACUUGUUCUCCAUUAAUAUGAUAUGAGAGUUGAGCCCGCCUGUUGGCCGGAUGAAUUACAUCAAUAGUAUAAUUGAUAACACCUAAAUUGUUGUUAUUUACCUUUCAUAUUGAGAUUUGUUUCGGGUCAAUUCAUGUGUAAAAGUUCUUAAACAUCGUCAAUUGCAUCCCUAUUUUGUUCCUAUUUGAAUUCGAUGUGAUUUUAAGGUGUGUUUGACGAUAUAUGCGAAUUAGUUACAAAACAAGGUCACAAGUGUAGCAAGGGGGUAGGAGACUAGAGAUCGUGGUCUAGAAGUAAAGAUCACGGUCGAGAUCCUGGACCAAAAAAGACAAGCUGAAGAUCACGACCAGGAAGUCCAAGAUCACGACCGUGAAUUGGAGGACUCAGGGCGCGAAAUUCACCAAGAAGGAGCCGAGGAGAAACAUAGAGUUUCCCCAGUCGAAUUACGGCCACAGUGCUUUUUUACUACAAGGAAGAUCGCGGCCGCGACUAGCGGAUUGCGACCGUGAAGUCAGCCUGCGAUAUCCUCCAUCCCGAAGGCCAGCAUGACUGCGUUUCAAGAUCGCGGCCUCUCCUCUGAAGAUCCCGCCCGCGAUCUCUCCCUCCUGGGGGGGGCUCCUUACUCCAUUUACAACCAAAGAUAUCAACAACAAAAAACUUGGCUCGAAGACAUCACCCAUGUUAUGCAUCGUAGAUUUAUCGAGAUUAGUCCUGAUACCCAUGACCAUUUGAUAGCAAACAAGGAUCACCAAAAUAUGAAGAACUUGAUGAUGAUAAGUGUCACAGAAGACGAGAGUAUCAUCGGUAAAGAUCAGGUGAGUAACUUCCUCCAAUCUUUGAAUUUCAUCCAUACAUUGUAUAUUCUUUGAUAAGCCAGACAUAUACCAUAUGCAGAUAUGCAUUAGAUACGCCGCAAAAAUGCAUAUCUCAAAUUCAAGGUCACUGGUUAUAAAAAAAAUCCAAGGUUACAAAAUGAGGGUCCACCAAAGUAACGUCCACCACCCUCGAUCAAAACUCGCAAACCAAACUAUUAUACCACUUGUUGAGACCAAACUCUUCACUAGUAAGAUAUUGUCCGCUUUAGGCCAAACUUACACAGAUUUAUUUUUGUAUUCCUUCCCAAAAGACUCGAACCAUUGUAUCGAUAGCCUUUCAACACAAGGAUUUACUAGAUGUUAAUCUCCAUUUUGAUAUGUCAGAAGACGAAAAUUUUUAUUUUCCGCUAAACAAAUGCAUAUCUGAAAUCCGGAGGAUGCAGAAUGAGGGUCCACCAAAUUCGUGUCCACUGCCCCAAAUCCAAAUUCCAAAUCGGUCUCUAAUACCACUUGUUCUCCAUUAAUAUGAUACGAGAGUUGGGCCCGCCUGUUGGCCGGAUGAAUUACAUCAAUAGUAUAAUUGAUAACACCUAAAUUGCUGUUAUUUACCUUUCAUAUUGAGAUAUGUUUCGUGUCAAUUCAUGUGUAAAAUUUCUUAAACAUCGUCAAUUGCAUCUCUAUUAUGUUCCUAUUUGAAUUCAGUGUGAUUUUAGGGUGUGUUUGACGAUAUAUGCGUAUUAGGUACAAAACAAGGUCACAAGUGUAGCAAGGGGGUAGAAGACUGGAGAUCAUGGUCUAGAAGUAAAGAUCACGGUCGAGAUCCUGGACCAAAAAAAACAAGAUGAAGAUCACGACCUGGAAGUCCAAGAUCACGACCGUGAAUUGUAGGGCUUAGGGCGCGAACUUCACCAAGAAGGAGCCGAGGAGAAACAUAGAGUUUCCCCAGUCGAAUCACGGCCACAGUGCUUUUUGACUAUGAGGAAGAUCGCGGCUGCGACUAGCGGAUUGCGACCGCGAAGUCAGCCUGCGAUAUCCUCAAUCCUGAAGGCCAUCAUGACUGCGUUUCAAGAUCGCACCCUCUCCUCUAAAGAUCCCGCCCGUGAUCUCUACCCUUCUGGCCACGAACUUGUCCAUCCUCUGAUUACCAUAAAUAGGAGACCCCAUU